GAAUUUUUUUAAUUAUUAUUUUCAAUAAAACCCGGGAAAUUCUGUUUUAAUUAUCCGUAAGUGAUAUUAUCUAUUUGCCUUUUCCAUCAAGAUGGCACUGAGCCUUUCCUUCUGCAAUUCUACAGUUUCUCCUCAACAUCAAGUGAAAGUGAAUCUUAAAAGCAAAACAGGACUUCAAAAUGUCAAAAACCUCGUACAAACUGCUGGGAUUCCUUCGAUAGCUUCUUCUCCACAGGAAAGUCUCCAAAAUGGAAACUGGGUCAAGCUCAUUUGUGGUGCAAGCUUUGAGGAUGUGACUGAUAUCAGAAAUCUAUCUCUUGUUUACACUCUUGCUGGAGUUGAUUGCAUAGACUGUGCGGCCGAUGCAUCAGUUGUGAGUGCAGUAAACGAGGGUAUUGAAGCCGCACAAGAAAUUGUGCCGCUUCGAAGACCUUGGGUGAUGAUCAGUGUAAACGAUGAUGAAGAUCUUCACUUUCGCAAGGCCGAAUUUGAUCCAGAGGAUUGUCCUCUUGACUGUUCAAGGCCUUGUCAAAUAGUUUGUCCUGCUAACGCAAUAUCCCUGGAUGAUCGAAAACCAACAUCAACGUCAUCCAAAGGCACCAAUACACUUGGUGCAUUCAAGGCUGGAGUUCUAACUGAACGCUGUUAUGGAUGCGGUCGUUGCCUCCCAGUUUGCCCAUAUGAUAAAAUAAGUGCUGUUACAUAUAUAAGAGAUGCUAUUGCCACUGCGGAACUCAUCAAAAGAGAUGGCAUCGACGCUAUAGAGAUACAUACCAGCGGAAGGCAGACUUCUCAAUUUAAACAACUAUGGGAUGGUUUGGGAGAUUCAAUUAGACACCUCAGAUUAGUAGCGAUUGAAUUUGUAAGGAACUCCAAGAUAGCAUUUUGCACUAUCCAGGUUAGCUUACCUGAUGUUGGGGAAUCAACAAUAUCUUCAAUGAAGGCCAUGUAUUCUAUUAUGGAGCCUCAUUUGAGUUGCUUGAAUCUAUGGCAGUUGGAUGGCCGCCCCAUGAGUGGAGAUAUUGGCCGAGGUGCCACAAGGGAAUCGAUUGCUUUUGCUCUUCGUUUGGCUUCUAUGGAAGAACGGCCUAAAGGUUUUCUUCAAUUGGCUGGUGGAACCAAUGCUCACACAGUUGAUGGAUUGAAGAAAGUUGGACUCUUCAAAACCAAGGGUGCUGCUACUUCAUUGCAAUGGUUAAUCGGUGGUGUUGCUUAUGGUGGCUACGCAAGAAAGAUUGUUGGAAGAAUACUAAGUUGCAUGCAGACAAAGCAUGGUCUUGGUGAUAUUGAUGAAUACCCUGACUAUCUCCUUGAGGCUCUUAGAGAAGCUCUUGCAUUAGUUGGAACUGUCAAAUGUUAUAACGACCUAUUAUGAAUUUAUGAUGACAUAUAGAUACUCAACAGCGUGUUGAGCUUGAUCAUGGUCUUUGUUGGCGCUCUUUCUUUCCGCCAUUGUUAGUUUCUUGAAAGUUCAGGAUUGUUUGUUAUGAUAGCCAAGAGAGAGAAUGUAUCAGAGGAGAGAGAGAUAGAAUGAGAGAGCAUGAGAGAGAGGGAAACUGCGGUUUUCAAAGAGUAUUUAUAAAGGUGGUGACAAAUAUGCUUGAGAAAGGCACACGUAAGUAGUACUAAACAGUUAACGAAGUGGAUAACUCAGUGGUUGAGCA